CAUUGUAGCCGUAUACCAGUAAUUACCACAUAUCUAUCGAACCAUAAACACAAGUAUACGCUACCCCAUCCAUCCAUCCACAUCGAAAAAACCCUGUAUCAUAUCUAAUCAGACAAAAUGCCUUCCCAUCUCCCAAAUUCCUCCCUUCUACUUGAAAGAAUCAAAGAAACACCCACCACAAUCGCCGCCCUUUGUAAACAACCCUACCGUCACCCUGCCGCAGCCCAAGUCCCUGACCAUCUGGCCCGCUACCACACCCACGCUGUAGCCCCCAACCAGUGCUGCUCCGCCGUGUCACAACAAAUCUCCGCUCCCGUCUCCACCGUGUGGUCCGUCGUCCGCCGCUUCGACAACCCACAAGCAUACAAGCACUUCGUCAAGAGCUGCCACGUCAUCGUGGGGAACGGAGACGUGGGCACCCUGAGGGAGAUCCACGUCAUCUCCGGCCUGCCAGCUGUCUGCAGCACUGAACGCUUGGAGAUCCUGGAUGAUGAGCGGCAUGCGAUCAGCUUCAGCGUCGUUGGAGGGGACCACCGGUUAGCCAACUACCGGUCCGUCACCACCCUACACGCGGCUGGGAAUGGUGGGGGCACGGUGGUGGUGGAAUCGUACGUGGUUGACGUGCCGCAAGGUAAUACUAAAGAAGAAACCUGCGUAUUUGUGGACACCAUUGUGAGAUGUAAUCUUGAGUCGUUAGCUCAGAUGGCUGAGAAUUCAGCUACACGAAAUUAAAUGAACCCAUCUUCAUCUUCCAAUGUAUAUCAUUAUUAAUUACUGUAAGCAUGCAGAGAGAAAGCCACCCGCUCAUUAAUUUCCAAAAAUAAAUUGCUAUAUUUGAGUGAAAUUUGU